AUGGCAGCCGCCGAGUACUACUCAGGUGGUCAAACUCCACCUUCGCGACCCCAGCUCAAUACCUAUGCCACUCCCCCAUACCCGAUGUCCGAUGCACCACCUCCAUAUUCCGUACUUGCAGAAUCAAGGCCACACUCUCAGCCUCCUCCUGCAAGACAUACCUCCGACAUAUAUCGACCAUAUCCUCCGAGCAACCCUCAAUACAUCCCCGAAAAGCAAUCGAGACCGCCACCUCAGAGCUCGCAAUACGGAGGAUCGUACAACCCUCCAAAACAAUCAUUUGGAGGAUCAUACCAUCAACAACAGUCUGGCUACCUUCAGCCUCCCGGUCCGUCCGCGUAUAACAAUCAAGGAUAUACAUCGAAUCCAAAUUAUAGCGUACAGCAACCAGCAAAACAUGCACACUUUCGGGAUGAUCGAAGCCGCGAUAGAAGUCGGAGUCGGAGUCGUGGCGACAGAGAUUUGGACCGGGAGCGAGACCGGAAUCGACGUCACAGAAAUCACAGGCCAGAUUCUCACCAUCGAUCAGACUCGUACAAACAGGAUGCUGGCAAGAAGAAGUCGAGCAGUGCAAACACAUUCAUAGGAGCAGGAGGUGGUGCUCUUAUCGGAGAUGCGAUCUUCCCUGGGCUCGGCACUAUUGGUGGAGCCAUUUUGGGUGGACUUGGAGGUCACAAAGUCAGCAAGGACAAGGAAAAGGAAAGUCGAGGAUAUGGCAGCUCCAAUCGAUCACGAGGAAGAUCAUACUCGAACGAUGCGGAUUACUACUAUGCGGAUGACCAUCGGAGGGGAAGAAAGUAUUGA